AAUAUGUUGACCAAAAAUUAUUUUGGGCUGUUGAAUUCAUUCAUUCAAAAUAAAGCUGACAUACAUCAACAAGAUGAUGGCUCCGCCAGUCAAAGGGAUUCAGAAAUGCCGGGAAAAUAUUAACUGUAGCCGCAUUAUGAAGGACGUUCAAAAGCAAAGUCGAAUUGGUUCUGUUGGAACAGACCACGCGCCAUUCAUGUUGUAGACGAACUAAUCAAGGUUUUGAUUAUUCAACGAUUUCAAACUGUCAUUACUAAUAACGUUUACUCUAAGUAGCUGCAUUCAUUUUCAUUUGAAGUAUGUGAAAUUACACGAACAUGGUUGAGCAUUUGAAACAUACACUGAUAGCUAUCACCCUCAAAAGUCUUGUCAGCCUUUGGAAUAUGUUAUUCAGAAAGCCUCGAGUAACAAUAUAGUGUAUGAAGUCUUUCUACUAUCGUUUAGCACUGACAGUGGAUUGAAGGGGCGUUCUUAGUUCAACCAAUCUUUAUUAAUUGAAUUUUUGGAUAAGAUUUCUGGGAAAACCGCACGUGGUGUAUAGUGCAUAUGAAAGGUUUGAUUGUGCAUGAUAUUUCCUUGUUUGUGUUUGUGGAAUCAUCCACAUCACUCGAAAUGAAGUCUUGCACUUUGCGAUGAUUUCCUGUAAGUAAGGUGUUUGCUCCAUUGUAUUAAUGUAAGAGUGGUUUUGAAAGUAAGAUAGGAGCCUGUGUUUCAUAUUGCCGUUUGUUGGUAAUGACUGGAUGAAAGUGAGACAUUUUUCUAUCCAAAUUGUUGUGCAAGUGCUAGGUUUUGUGUGCCACUAAACAUUUCUUAAUAGCAGAUGGACUAAUCUAGGUUACAAAUGACUCUUCUCGAGCUCCAAAUUCACCACAAAAGCUGAAAUGGUAAAAUUCCGCAGCAUUUCUGAAAGACAAAACCUCUUUUUACGCUGCUGCAAUAAUUGUCGUCUCAUAAGGAUAGUUUAUAUCUGGUGUCAGAAUUGAAUAAGAUUUCUGAAAUCUGACAACAAGUUUAUAAGCCAAGUUAUAACGCUAAAAAUGUUUAAUGACAUUAAUAAAAAAAUAUUUGUUGCUCUUCUUUUGCUAUAUUGCAUGCAGAAAUUUCCAGUAGUUUAAUGUACAACAGCUUUUACCAAUGGAGUGGCUUUAUUUUCAUCCAUCUCGUAUACCACUUUUUGCUGCCAUUCACGCUUUGUUUUUGUGCCCAGUAAUGUAUUUCAUCGCAAUUUCAUAUGAUCAUGUACAACCAGUUGCUCCAUACGUGAGCGCUCUUGGUAUAUAUCCACCGGAAAAAUAUAUUUUUAUGUAUUCAUCAGGAGUAUAUGGAGUACUAACUAUUAUAAGUCAAUGGUUUUGGUACUUAAUGAUGAGAAGAAGACUUGUGGAGAGAAAUGCUUGGUCAACGGUUAGUAGACUACUAUGCAUCAUCGUACCAAUAACUUUCACAAUAUCAAGCAUAUCCAUCGUGGCAUUGUCCAUAUUUGAUACGAAAACUAAUAAUGAAACACAUUAUUACUUAUCAGUAUUGAAUAUCUGUUGUCACCUGGUUUCAAUCCCACUGAGUGCUCUGCUUGUUUCAUAUUCUUUCCGUCCAUGGAUAUGGUUUUGCUUGGCUAGAUUAGUUGUUUGGAUUCAGAUAAUUCUUGGGGCACAUUUUUUCAUAUAUUUCAAUCAGCUUGGUCUCCUAUAUCCAGAAGCUGAAGACUUCUUCUAUAUAAAACCACAUGAACCGGGAUAUGAAGAAUUUAAAUGGAGCGCAGUGAGCGAAUGGUUUGCAACAGUGGGAUGUGCAGAAGUCUCAUUGAUCACGAGUUUGGAACUACGGAAUUAUGAAAAGAAAAGAUUCCAUAUGGAAUGAAAAGGUCUACAAGAUCCUGGGGAGUUUAACUGACUGCAAACAUUUCUUUCAAUACACUUGGCGAACUAGACAUAAUUUAGGAUAAUUUAUAUCCUUUGUUAUGUCCAAGUCCUAUGAGUCGCAAGGAUUUUGUUUUCUUACAUAUAUGAAUAGAACCAUUAUAAUAAUAAUAAUUUUUUGGACCGCUUUCUUAACAUUCA